ACGCCGCGACUCAUAAUGGGGGACAAGGCAAAACGUCCUUUAGGUCCAGGUACCUCUGGUUCCCGAGGCAAAAACUCAAAACCUGUUGAGACUCAAAGACCUAGCAAUUUGUCACAACCAGACGCAAGAGCGGAGGAUUUGCCUUUCACUGAAGUCAUGAGUCGCCGAAGGAGGAAAAACCUGAACUCUGCUCAAAGUGUCUGCUCUGCGCUUCCAAGUAGCCAAAAAAAUCGUGGCAAAGACGUGCUUGACUCGAGUUCCAAUAACUUUUCAAGAACUGACGCAAACCCUUUAAGGAGCACCCUGAGACGGCAGUCGGCUAUUCAACCCCCUCGCGAGACGUCGUUGGUGGAGGUGGCGUCGCCGGUGGUGGACAUUUACGCCGAGGAGUACAACAUGAACUACCCGCGCCGCGGUGUCGCCCUGAUCCUGAACCAUAUCAACUUCGAAACUCAAGAGUCCAGAGAGGGCUCUAGCAAGGACUGCGACCGGCUCAAGGGCGUUUUGACCAAACUGGGCUUCGAGGUCAGGGUGGAGAAGGACCUCGACUUCAGCAGCGUCAUGGUCACUUUGAGGAAACUGUCCCAAGAGGACCACUCGAAGAACGAUUGUCUGGUGGUGACGGUGCUGACGCACGGGUCCAAGGGAGAGCUGUACGCCCGCGACCACACUUACGACGCGGAGAAACUCUGGCUCAACUUCACCGCCGACAGAUGCCCAUCACUGGCCGGAAAACCCAAAAUCUUCUUUAUCCAGGCGUGCAGGGGCGACAACCUGGACUCUGGAACGGUGCUGAAGAUCAGGAAGACGUCGGGCCUAGCGGGAACUGACGAGGUGGACGCCAGUGGCGGAUCUAUUCGCUACGCCAUCCCCAACAAUGCCGACAUCAUCAUCGCCAACGCCACCAUAGAUGGGUACUACGCGUGGCGCAAUCCCGGGACGGGCUCUUGGUUCAUCCAGCAGCUGUGCAACCAACUGGAGCUGCACCACGACCGUCGCGACCUGCAGACCAUCCUGACGUUCGUGUCGUGCAGGGUGGCCGUGGACCACGAGAGCGACGUUCCAGGCAGCUACAUGAACAAAAUGAAGCAGAUUCCGUGCGUGUUGAGCAUGCUGACCAGACUGGUAUACUUCAGGCGCAAACAAUAAUAAAUGCGCAAUUAAAUUUA